AUGUUGGAUGAAUUAGCUAGCUCAGUGUACAAAACAAAGCUGGACCUCACGGCUGGGUACCACCAGAUUAGAGUCAAGUCUCAAGAUACAUUCAAAACAGCCUUCCAAACUCACUGUGGACAUUUUGAGUUCCUAGUCAUGCCAUUUGGACUCACUAAUGCACCAGCAACAUUCCAGUCACUGAUGAAUCAGGUGUUUCAUCCAUAUUUGAGGAGUAAGGCUCUUUCAGUUAAGAACUUGGGACCUUCUGUUUAUGAAAAAGAGCUUUUGGCUUUGGUAAUGGCUGUUACCAAAUGGUGGCAUUAUUUGGUGGGCAAUCAUUUCAUUAUAAGAACAGAUCACCAAUCCCUGAAGCACCUCUUAGAUCAGAGGUUGAACACUGCUAUACAGCAUAAGUGGAUGACUAAGCUCCUGGGGUUGGAUUAUAAGAUUGAGUACAAGAAGGGGGUUGACAAUCAAGUGGCAAAUGCUUUAUCCAGAAGGCAUACGGCUGUACGCCAGGAAGAGCUUGGCUUUUGUGUGGCUAUCAUAUUUGUUCAACCUGGCUGGAUGGAGGAAUUACAGAAGAGCUAUGAAGGUGACAUACAAAGCCAAGACAUUAUGAGCCAGUUAACCUUGGAUCCUAAUUCACAUGCUGACUACAUCCUGCUGGAUGGGAUUCUUAAGUACCAGGGAAAGAUAUACAGUUGUGAUAUUUGCCAGAAAAAUAAAGCUGAGCAUGUCCCUUAUCCUGAAUUGUUACAACCCAUCCCUGUUCCUAAGCAAGCUUGGCUUCACAUUUUUAUGGACUUUAUUGAAAGGUUGCCCAAGUCACAGGGGUACGACACUAUCCUGGUGGUGAUUGAUAGAUUCACCAAGUUUGGACAUUUUAUCCAGUUUACUCACCCUUUUACAGCUAAGUCCAUUGCUCAGAUAUUCCUGGAUCACAUCUACAGGAUGCAUGGCUUGCCAGACUUUAUCAUCACUGAUAGGGAUAAAAUGUUCACCAGUAUGAUCUGGAAGAAAAUUUUUAAGUUGGAAGGGGUGGAACUGCACUACACUUCAUCUUAUCAUCCGCAAACGGAUGGUCAGAGUGAGAGGUUAAAUCAAUGUGUGGAGAGCUACCUGAGAUGCAUGACAGGUGAACUUCCAUCCCAGUGGAGCAAAUGGCUCUCACUAGCGGCAUGGUGGUACAAUUCCACCUACCACUCACGCUUGAACAUGACUCCUUUUGAAGCCCUCUUUGGUUACAAGCUUACACCACUACCACUUGGGCCCUAUUUGGAUUCGGUGAUGCCUGCAGUGGCUGACAUGGUCCAAGAAAGAAGCAGAAUUUCAAGCUGCAUCAGGGAUCAUCUCGCGAAGGCUCAACAGAGGAUGAAGCACUUUGUGGACCAGCACAGAAUUGAGAGAAGCUUUGAUAAGGGGGAUUGGGUGUUUUUGAAGCUGCAACCGUAUAGGCAACAAUCUGUGGCAGUGAGGAAAUGCCUCAAGUUGGCUGCAAAGUACUAUGGUCCAUUUCAGGUAGAGAAGAAGGUUGGAGCAGUUGCCUACAGGCUCAAACUACCUCCAGACGCAAGAAUUCAUCUGGUGUUCCAUGUUUCGCUGUUGAAAAAGAAGAUUGGGUCACUUAAGUGUAGCUCUCCUCAGUUGCCAGAGCUGGAUGAACGUGAUCAGUGUCCACUGAAACCAGAGGCCAUUUUGAAGAGAAGGGUUAUCAUUCGCGGCGAGAGGCCUGUCAUACAGUUUCUGAUCAAAUGGGACCAUUUGAGUUAUGAUGAAACUUCGUGGGAGGACAAGACAUUCAUUGAGAGUCAGUUCCCUGAGUUCCAGACUUGA